CUGAUACUCACUUUAUUUUCGUUCCGGAUCUACAGGAGCAAAUAUGGCGGCAGAGGGAGAUGUGGAUUUGGACCUGGAAGCUGACGAGAACUGCACUGGAAAACCAGCAGAAAAGCCUCGGAAACAUGAUAGCGGGGCCGCUGAUUUGGAGAGAGUCACCGAUUAUGCCGAGGAGAAGGAAAUCUCAAGCUCCGAUCUUGAAACGGUGAGGCUGGGCCAAGCACGCGGGGCGACGAUGGGUGCCCACAUUACAGUAGUAUGAUAGCGAGGUAUGUUGGUUUGCUAGCUAGCUUAUGCUAACAACAGGCCUAACUGCGUACAGUGAAGAAUGGCAACAAUCUUUGCCCAAACCAUGUUGUUGUGAAAGUGUUACCGUAAUCAACUCACAAACGCGUAAUUUCACGUUAGCACGUGCUGUUCAACCAAGUUACCCCAGAACAGAACAGGCGCUGUACUUCCCAUGACAGGGUAGGGCUUCUGUCUAUUCAGCGAACGUUAGCCUAUGGCUACUUCUAUGUUUUUAUGCUGUACAGAAUUGAUACUCUUCCAACCUGUUUUUGGAGUACUAGUUACUGACUCGUCAGUACUGUCAUAAUAAUAUGAUCCCUUUGACGAUCUGAUAAUGUCUGUAUGUCCUGUUUCAGGCUAUGUCAGUGAUUGGAGACAGGAGAUCAAGAGAACAGAAAGCCAAACAGGAUAGGUGAGUCACUGUUCCUUUGUCAGAUUUUCAUUCAACAACCACUGAUCUGUCAAUUGAGUACACUAAUGGCUUGUCUGGGGUUAUGAUUUCAGAGAAAAGGAACUGGCUAAAGUCACUAUAAAGAAAGAGGACGUAGAACUCAUUGUAAGUAUCCCCCCAGAUAUUUUUCUUGUUUAAAUGUGUCAGUCACAACCCUCAUCUAAAGUUAAAUGGUCUUUGCAUCACAAAAGCAUUUCAUCAAAUUAGUCCUUAAACUCUAGUUCUAUUAUGGGGUGUUAAUAAAAACCUAUGCUUCAGAGAUACAUUCAUAGAUUGUAUGAAUGUCUCAAGCUUUUUCUCCUAUCAAUACAACUACCCAUUCUGAUGUCCCGCCCCUCAACUGUCUAUCCACAGAUGGGCGAGAUGGAGAUUUCCCGAGGAGUGGCCGAGCGCAGUCUGAGAGAACACAUGGGGAACGUGGUAGAGGCUCUGAUUGACCUGUCAAACUAACUGACCCCAGAGCAGCUUUAUGCAGCAGCAUUGGACACUGGACUGCUUCCUAGCCUGACCGUAUUCAUUGACUCCAUUCCAUGGCUCAAAUCAGACAUUGUCAACUGAAAUAAAACAUUGCAUUUCUUUGUAUAUUCUUCAACAAUACUUAAAAUUGAUUAGUCUUGUUUACUUUUUCAACCACAUGUUUUUGAUUUAUAAUAAAUGUGGAAUGAAAUAAAACCAAUGGAUGAAAUUGCAA